AUGUCCCAGACCGUGCCUGCCCGUGACCACACCGGGCAGCCCAAUGAGGGCUCCGUAUCUGACGUGACUCUCAUCUCUGACGGAGUUCCCGUACCCAACGGCAUCAACCAUACGAACGACGAAGUGUCGACCAUCUCCGGUCUCAAUGGCACCCACCAUGCUGGCCAAGCGCCUUCCAAGGCCUCUAACACAACCUCAACACCAAUGCAAGAGAGCCCAGCAUUCACGCCCGCUCGCAGCCUGCACGUCCUCACCAUCGGUGCGGGCUACUCGGGAAUGAUCCUCGCCCAUCGCCUUCAACACACCCACGCCACAUCACCCUUUGCCGCCCAUAUCACCCACACCAUCAUUGAAUCGAAGUCCGAAUCUGGUGGCACUUGGGUAGCCAACACCUACCCUGGAGUGCAAUGCGACGUCCCCAGCCACAUAUACGCCUUCCCCUUUGCCCCGUCUCCGGACUGGUCACGCUUCUACUCUACCGGAGAAGAAAUCCGAGACUAUUUCCAGCGCACAGUCAAGGAGUGGGGUCUCGACAAGCACGUGCAGUACGACACCACUGUGGAAGGCGCGUACUGGGACGAGAGCAGAUCCCAGUGGCGGGUAGAAGUGCGGCACAACUCAACUGGACUUCGAACUGAAUGGGCCGAUAUACUAAUAAGCGCGCGCGGCGUAUUGAGUCACUGGCGCUGGCCCACCAUCUCCGGCCUGGAGACCUUCAAGGGCCAUCGCGUGCAUAGCGCCGACUGGGUCCAUACUUUCGACUACUCCCAGAAACGCAUAGGCGUGAUCGGGAAUGGAAGUAGCGCAAUUCAGAUUCUGCCUCAGAUGGCUGCGUUACCCGGCACGCAAGUCACGAGUUUUCAGCGAACCCCUACCUGGAUUGUUAGCAGACAUACACCUGCGAAGCUUGUUGGGAGCGAUGACCCGAGCCCGAAUCCGGAGUACAGGCCAGAGGACAAGGAGAGGUUUCGCAAUCCGGAGGAGCUGAAGAAGUACAGAAAGACUAUUAUCGGAAACGUGAACCGUGGCUUCCGGGUGUUUGUGAAGGAGAGUGCGGCACAGGAGGAGCUGAAAGCGUUUGCGACCAAACAGAUGAGCGAGAAGUUGGGCAAUGAUCCGGUGUUAUGUAGGAAGUUGAUUCCAGACUGGCCGGUGGGGUGCAGGAGGGUGACGCCGGGGAGUGGGUACCUGGAAAGCUUUACUCGGGAGAAUGUAAAGUUGACGAUGAACCAUAUCGAUCGAGUGGAUGAGGACGGUAUAUGGACGAAGGAUGGGACAUACCACGAGCUAGAUGUGAUUGUGUGCGCAACAGGGUUUGACGUUAGUCAACGUCCACAGUUCCCAGUGGUUGGAAGGGACGGCAUGAACUUAGGGGAGAUGUGGAAGGAUGAGCCGGAGAGCUAUAUGUCAGUAGCGGCACCCAACAUGCCCAACUACUUCAUCUUCACCGGGCCAAACGCAACGGUCGGCCACGGCUCCCUCAUCUUCUCCCUCCAGUGGGCUGCCGACUGGAUGAUCAAGUGGAUGCGCAAGAUGCUCGAAGAAGACAUCGCGUCCAUUGUCCCGCGACAAGAAGUGGUAGAUGAGUUCGUUAGGUAUGGUGACGAGAUCAUGAAGAGAUUUGUGUGGACUUCGAACUGUAGGUCUUGGUAUAAGUCCAACCGGAUAGAUGGCCGGGUCACAGCAACAUUCGCGGGGUCGGCGCUGUUGUUCCAGAGAAUGAUUGAGAACCCACGGCCAGAAGACUUUGAGAUCCGCUAUAGGGCCGCCAACCGAUUUCGCUUCAUGGGUAAUGGGUUCAUGGGCUAUGAGCUGGAGGAUGAGGUUGACGGCAAAGAGGUGGAUUUGGGGUGGUAUGUGGAGCACUAG